AUGCUAAAGAGAUUUCGGCUGUUUCCAAUUUUCAACCGAGAGCUAUUUUUUUCCCCUGCCAGAUAUCUCCAUCUUUGGAACAAAACAGAAAGAAGGCUCAUAAUGCAAGACAAGUUUGGUCCCCCAGUCAACCGAGACAUGAGAGUCCUUGACCGCUCCUUCUUCAAGAAAGAUGUCAACCUCUUAGUAGCAACUUUCCCCGAUCCAAAAUACUUAGGUAAUUUUGUCAAGGCAUGCAAAGGAGAAAUUCUUCUUUUACCUGGAGUGAAGCACAUUGUGCCUGUUGAAAAUACCAGAGGUGUUUUGUUGAGACAAGACAUUGAUGAUAUAAGCACUUAUGAGGAUAAGUUAUCUCCUACAGCAUUGGAAAAGAUAAAGGAAUACGGCGUUUCUAUCAAACCAUAUGUUCUUACAUUGGAUUAUUCUUUCUGGAAAGCAGACGACAUUUUGAACGCUGUUCUUCCCGAAAAUUUGUUGGAUGAAAUUCCGACAGGCUUUGCACAGGCUGGCCACAUUGCCCAUUUGAAUUUGCGACUGGAAUUCAAGCCUUAUGGUCCUUUGAUUGGUCAGGUCAUUUUGGAUAAGAAUUCCAAGAUUGAGACUGUGGUUGACAAAGUCGACCUGAUUGGCACAAAGUUCCGUACGUUCAAAAUGAAGAUUUUAGCCGGAAAAGACGACUUCAUCGUUGAACAAAGUGAAAGUGGGUGCAAGUUUCGCUUCGACUUUAGUUCGGUCUAUUGGAAUUCUAGAUUGAGCACGGAACAUGAAAGAUUAAUUACGCAGUUUCAGCCGAAUGAAGUAGUUGGUGACGUAUUUGCAGGUGUUGGACCUUUUGCAGUCCCAGCUGGAAAAAAGAAUGUUCUUGUCUUGGCAAACGAUUUGAAUCCCGAAUCCUACAAGUACUUGAAGGAAAACAUUUCGCUUAAUAAUGUGCAGCAGUUUGUACAACCAUACAAUUACGACGGUAGGGAAUUCAUUCGUGAGUCGCCUAGAAUAUUAUUGGAAUGGGCUAAAUCUGAAGGAAAAGUACAGAAGACGAAGACGAUCAAGCGUCGGAAAGUUGAUCCACAGACAAAGGAGAAAAUCACCACCAAAGACGUUGAGGUGACAAGUGUUCCUAUCCCAAAGUUCUUCACAAAUUACGUCAUGAACUUGCCAGAUUCGGCCCUUACGUUUUUGGAUGAAUUUGUGGGAUUGUAUUCUCGGUUUCCUGAAGUGGAGGAAGCUGUUAAGAAUGACCCCGACUUCAAGCUCCCGAUAAUUAAUGUUCACUGUUUCGAGAAAUAUUCUCCUACUGAGACUGAGCCAUCUAUGGAAGAAUUACACAGAAGAGUUCAUGCAAAAAUCGUCAAACUUAUCGGCUUUGAAGCUCCCUUUGAAAAGUUUAGCUUCCAUUUGGUGCGUAAGGUUUCUCCCACGAAGCCAAUGUUUUGUGUGACUUUUGAGUUACCUCACGAAGUGGCAUUCAAAAAAUAG